AGGGAUUCAUAAUCAUGUUGCCGAACCAGCGGAUUUAAUAAUCUGACAGCAAAAUUCCCAAACGAACCUGCAGAAUCAAUAAAAUAGAGCAAUUUAUAUAAAUUAGAAAUGGGCUAAUUUUGUAUUUUGAUUUCAAUAAAAAUUUAUUUAUUUAUUUAUUUUUUUGACCAUUUCAUGGAAGAGAUCGGGGACAGAGACAUAAUCACGUUCAGACUUUCAAAUGUGCAGUGCCUGUCUCUAUGCCUCAUGGCCUUUGAGAUCAGUCACUGGGACCCAUUUUAUGGUCAUCAUGCAAAACUGGUUCGUCAAACUGACAUUCUAUGCAUGUUUCUCUUAAAUUUUUUCUGAUGAACGGUCUCAAAUUCAGGCACAGCAAAAGCCCACAUUUCCUAUAUGUCGUUUCAUUUAUGAUCUGCAAUGAAGUUUGCAAUGGAAUCGAUUAAAUAGCAAACCGGGUAUUCGUUUUUUAUGUGGAUUUGUGAAAAUUGUCAAAACCCAGUAGCAGAAUUGGUUCAAAGAUUCUUGAUUUGAGUUAGAAAAUGAUGGAGCAUAUGCUAGAAGAGAGGUCUUUGGCUGAAACUCCCACAUGGGCAGUUGCUACUGUAAUUUGUGUAAUGGUUCCUCUUGGGUUCCUUGUUAAUUCCUGUUUGGAACAUUUUGGAAAGUGGUUGGGUAAGACUCAUAGGAAAUCUCUACUUGCUGCUCUGGAGAAGAUCAAAGAAGAGCUAAUGCUUUUUGGGGUUCUAUCGUUAUUGAUGGGUCAUUGGAUUAUAAUUGUGGCCAAGAUUUGUGUUAAAUCGACGGUUCAGGACAACCGUUUUUAUCCAUGUGCAAUGAAGCAUGGAUCCCAUUCUGUUAGACAUAGUUUUGUCUCAAGCUCAGAUUAUUUGAAUAAGUCGGUUUUUGAAGAGCAUCACAAGCAUGGCUUUCAUGAUUAUUGUCCUAAGGGUAAAGAAUCUUUUGCAUCUCAUGAUAGUCUUGAACAGCUUCAUCGUUUCGUAUUUGUGCUCGGUGUUACACAUGUUUUUUACAGCUUCGCCUCCAUUGCUUUUGCUAUGAUUAAGAUUUAUAGCUGGAGAAUAUGGGAAAAUGAAGCCAAAACCAAUGCCCAGAGCAUACCAGUUCCUUGGGAUAUCUUUGCAAAUAAAUUUUCUCCUGCUCCACAAGCUAUGCCAAAUAGUAUGAAAAUGAGGAGACUAUCUACUUUUAUUUCUCAUCGAACAUCGCAUUCUUGGAGCCAACACAGAGUUCUCGUUUGGCUGCUCUGUUUCUGCCGCCAGUUCUGGAGCUCUAUAAACCGAUCGGACUACAUGGCUCUGCGUUUGGGAUUCCUCACCAAGCAUCAACUUCCUUUGACGUAUGAUUUCCAUAGUUAUUUGCUUCGGAGCAUGGAGGAUGAGUUUCGUCACAUUGUAGGCAUCAGUGUGCCUCUUUGGAUAUAUGCCAUAUUUUGCAUAUUUCUAGAUUUUCAUGGAAGCAAUAUUUACUUUUGGCUUUCCUUUCUUCCGGCCAUUCUGAUCCUGCUUAUCGGAACCAAGCUCCACAGAGUGGUGGUAAAGUUGGCAGUUGAAAUCACAGAUAAUUCCCCGGCCUUCGAAAACCAUCAGUUUAACCUGAGGGAUGACCUAUUUUGGUUUGGAAAGCCCAAGUUUCUAUUGCAGUUAAUACAUUUCAUAUCCUUCCAGAAUGCAUUUGAGAUGGCAAAUUUCAUCUGGUCCUUGUGGGAAAUUAGAGAACCUUCAUGUUUCAUGGACAACCGCAUUUUCCUUGUCGUCCGCUUGAUUUUUGGGGUAACUUCCCAGUUCUGGUGUAGCUAUAUAACAUUCCCACUCUAUGUUAUAAUCACACAGAUGGGUUCGAGGUUCAAGAAAUCAGUAAUGACCGAAAAUGUAAGAAAAUCUCUAUCAGGAUGGCAGAGAAGAGUUAAGGCAAGAAAAAGUACACCCUCUUCUGCUGCACUCCUGACUGCAACAUCUUCAGUUUCUACCGUGUACGACAUGAACAAGAUCAGUGAAUCUGGCUCGAAUAGCAGCAUGGAAUUAGGAAAGUCCUUUAGACUCCAAGAUACAUGUCUAUCGAAUAGAGAGGCAUCUAUAGGACAGGAUCAAAGUUGUGGAAUAUUGAAUGGUGAUGGGAAUUUACAACUUUCUGGUUUUGCUUUCGACAGUAGAAGCAGUGAUGGUAAAGAUAAUGAUAAUGGUGCAACAAAUGAGUUGCUCCUUUUACCACCUUAAGCUCUUAAUGUCCUAUAGAAUCAGCUUUUGUCAUUGCUAAAAGCUUGAUAGAUAUCAGUUGCUUUUGGACUAUAUUAAUUCUACUAAUGAUUAUACAGCAAAGAAUUUUUUGUAAAUCCAACUAAAAGGCUAAACUGCCAUAUAAUGGAAAAUCAAUAGAAGGCAAAUAUGAAAUAUAUAUAUAGAUAUAUAGCCAAAGCCAUUUUUACUGGAUUUCAGGGUCAAUUGGCCCUCCAACCUACUCUUUUUCAACCUGGUGUGCAAAAUGGAAGGGACAUGAAAUAUUGUGAACAAUUUUCUUUAGAAGGAAAGUGGUUUUUGGAUCGAAAGGCAUCAAUAAUCUUCUACAAGUUCAAACUUAUG